CAACUGAAUUAAGCCUGAGAGUAUUUUAAAAUUCUGCAAGAAUGCAUUUAUACCGUGAAAUAUAUAUUGUAAUUCUGUUAUUUGCAUCAAAUUUCGUUUAUGCAGAGGAUGGCAUGUUGGACGAACUAUCUGAGACCAAAAGUGCAGAAUUGUGUUACGCUUUAACAAAACAUAUUUUGAAUUACACAAAUUCCUUAGAUAACGAGCUGAAAGCUUACAAGGUUAUAAAUCAUACCCAACAUUAUCAAUUGGACCAGCUUUCGGAAAAAAUGAAAGUAUCUGAGGAAAAAUUAUUCAAUUCUCUAUCGAAUUUGACUAAUACAGAAAACCAAUUACAAUCAGAACGCGAAAAAGUUGAAGUAAUCGAAAAAGAAUUAUCAAAAAUUCAAUUAAAAUUAAAUAAUACGGAAAAUCAAUUAAGAACCACACACAAAAAGUUAAAUCUAACUGAAGAAAAAUUAUUCAAAAUUCAAAUACAGCUAAAAAAUACUGAAAAAAGUUUAUAUGAAACUCAAUUCAAAUUGAAUAAUACGGAAAAACGAUUGCAAAGUGAAAUGAAAUUGGUAAAUGAAACUGAAGAUACAGAUCUCUUGUAUGAAAAAUGCGAAAAACGAGAAAAGAAAUUUGAGAAAAUCGGUGAUAAAUAUUAUUAUAUUGAAAAAUCUGAACAGCUGACUUGGUUUGACGCUGCAAUGAAAUGCGCUAACUGGAAUAGUCAUCUGGCGAUUCCACAAACAGACCUCGAGUGGACCAAUUUAAUGCCAAAACUAUCUGCUGAUGAUCGUUAUUGGAUUGAUUUGAUUAGAUUAGGAAACAGGAAAUUCUUUUUGUCAGAAACAACUGGUAAGACUUUAAAGCUUGAUAAGUGGCUACCAGAUGAGCCAAAUAAUGACUACAAAAUGGAAAAUUGUGCUGAGAUUCGGUUUGGCGAAGGGCUAAAUGAUGCCCCCUGUGAAUUUUUAAAAUAUUUUAUAUGUGAAUCAAACAAUGAAUAUGGAUACAAUUGUAAAAGCUAAAUUAUGUUAAAUAUAUUCUUUAGCAAUAGAGUCGAUAAUAUUCUGUUCUCUUUGCUUGAGUUAGUUUCAAUUUCCUGAAUCUAAUAACAUUUUCUGUGUCAUUUGAAAUAUUUAAAUAUAUAUUAAAAUCGA